CUUGAAUGGAUUGUUUACAACUUCGGAAUCGGUUCCCGCUUGUCUUGUCAACAGCAGCUUAUCUGUCAAAAACAAGCGUUUUCUAUGAAGCGGGGUGACAAUGAUUAAGACCGAGAAGGUGUUGCAUUUGAAGAGUUCCCGAGGACGGAAGGUCCGUGUGGUUCGGGAACAUUAUUUGAGAGAACAUGUUCCCUGCCACAGCUCUCUCUGUCAGGCACAAUGCGCCAACGGUAAAGUGAUGUUUUACAAAAUAAAAUACUCUAUAAGUCUUCCUUUUGAUGUCCUCAAAUGUUAGUGAAACGUAAAUGUAACACGCUAACUAGCUAAAUUACAACAAGGAAUAAGCUACACUAUGACGUUUCUCUUUUGUAUCACACAGUUACGUGUGAUAGUUGUUAGUUGUUACACUGUGACAACACCUGUAACCCUUUAACAGCUAGUUCCUGAGUACAAUAGCAAGAAAAUAAUGAUCAUGGCCAUCACAGUAAAAGUAGAGAAGACGACUAGACUCCUGUGCAUAAAUUCCUAUCCCUAAGAAUAGACGUGGAUGUUGUUGACACAGUGUUGCUGUGUUAGCAAAGAUCUCCGUCAGGGCAGGGUAGAAUCUGAAUAUGUUCAUACCUACAGAGACAGUGUGCACCUGCUCAAACACCUUCAUACACUAUCCCAAUUCUUGACAGAUUGACCCUCUCUCUCUUUCUCCCUGUUCUGUCCCAACAGAAGGCAAGGUGUUGUCUGGAGAGGUGACUCACUAUGUGGUGCCUGAUGCAGGCGUGGCGAGGGACUUUAUGGAGAUUCUGGAGUUUAGAGAGAUCCAGGGGAUAGUGUUCACUCAGACUGCCUGCCAGGCUGUCCAACACAGCAGAGGACGCAGGUACAGGAGCUACACGCCUACACCCCUCCAAUUAGAUAAUUACGGUAACACAGUUUGAGUAGCUAGGCCUACACCACGCCAAUUAGAUAAUUACGGUAACACAGUUUGAGUAGCUAUGCCUACACCCCUCCAAUUAGAUAAUUACGGUAACACAGUUUGAGUAGCUAGGCCUACACCACUCCAUUGAGAUAAUUACGGUAACACAGGUUGAGUAGCUAGGCCUACACCACUCCAUUGAGAUAAUUACGGUAACACAGGUUGAGUAGCUAGGCCUACACCACUCCAUUGAGAUAAUUACGGUAACACAGGUUGAGUAGCUAGGCCUACACCACUCAAUUGAGAUAAUUACGGUAACACAGGUUGAGUAGCUAGGCCUACACCACUCCAAUGAGAUAAUUACGGUAACACAGUUUGAGUAGCUAGGCCUACACCACUCCAAUGAGAUAAUUACGGUAACACAGGUUGUGUAGCUAGGCCUACACCACUCCAUUGAGAUAAUUACGGUAACACAGGUUGAGUAGCUAGGCCUACACCACUCCAUUGAGAUAAUUACGGUAACACAGGUUGAGUAGCUAGGCGUACACCACUCCAUUGAGAUAAUUACAGUAGACCUCUCCUAUGACUAUGUCAUGGGUACAGAACAGUCCUACACCUCUCCUAUGACUAUGUCAUGGGUACAGAACAGUAGAUCUCUCCUAUGACUAUGUCAUGGGUACAGAACAGUAGAUCUCUCCUGUGACUAUUUCAUGGGUACAGAACAGUAGAUCUCUCCUAUGACUAUGUCAUGUGUACAGAACAGUAGAUCUCUCCUGUGACUAUGUCAUGGGUACAGAACAGUAGAUCUCUCCUAUGACUAUGUCAUGGAUACAGAACAGUACUGCCCUACCAAGCAAAAGAGCAGUAACUGCUCAUAGAGUGAAACUGAGAAAAAUGACUUCAAAGCUUAAAAAAAAAUGAAAUGUAGGCAGGUCAUUGGAAAUGUGGUUAUCUGUGUCUUACUAUGAGGUAAUUUUUUAUUCAUAUUGGCCCUGACUUCUGACAUGACCUUUGACCCUAGACGGUAGUUCCUGCCUUCUUGCUGUGUACAUCCACUGGAAUACGUUUCUAGGAUGAUUGUUUUAUAACACAAACUUUUAGCACAAAUAGUUUGAUACUUGUAUCAGCGAAGAACAAUAAAUAAAACCCAGGUUUAGCAUGGACACCGCAGCCCAAAGCUCAGUGAAACCUGGGGAAAAUGCCGGAACUGACGUGAGUGAUGCCAGCUGCUGCCUUUUACCUUGGUUUCACUGUAACUUUUUUUUGCAGUUACUGCAAACAUGAACCCCCAUUUUCUCCAUAACACAACACAAUGGAGGCAGGAUAUUUGUCCACAUGAUAAAGCAUGUAUUUCAUGUCAAAGAAAUGACAAUAGCUUAGUAGGGCAGAGUAAACCUACAGCUCUCCUAUGACAUAUCUACCAUAGUCGAAGACACAGGUGUAUUAGACCUAAAUGGCCCAAUGGCCACAUCCUCAGCACCGCCUCAGAGACAGCACUUUAGUUCUACACUCAGCCAUGGCCGUGCCAAGAAAUCUCUGAGACAAUGUGUAGCGUGGGCUCAGGUCCUAGUUAGAGGUGAUUGAGUGAGACUUAGAGGACAAAUAAGGCAACUUCCUCCAUAUUACCUUUUAAUACAAAUCCACCUUUUUGAGGGUUGGGUAAAAACAACCUCGUUAUACCACAGCUGUGCUGAUCAAGCUAAACAGGAUCUAGCCUGUCUAUGAAUAAUGUAGCCAAUACUGUGUGUUACGCAACCAUUCUAACAUUAUACAUACGGAUACAUUGGUGUUGUUCUUGACAAAGUUGAUGACCAGUGUAAAUAACAGUCCCACCAGGCCCUUCAGCAGCCUCGUCCUGGUCUCAUUUGGUUCUGUUCGCUUCCAUUUUAUAAAUCUGUUGCAUCGUUAAUGUGAUGAGGCUUCACUUUUCAGACUACUUAGCUUAUGUGUGUGCGUAUAUAGCCGCUACAAGGUAUGCGUGUGUAUGCGUUGCGAGCGUGCGCAUGCAUGCGUGUUUGUGUGUAACUAAGGUGUGCUGAUGUCAUGCUGUGUAGUUGGUAAUUGCAGAGCUCUAUUCACUACAACACACAGGGGACCCCAGGAUGAACCGCUGAGUCAGGGAGACUCUGUUAUAUGACUGACACUAUCCUGUUACACACUCUUUCAAGUUGGUAGGAAGCUUUGUAUUGAGUUAGGUUAUCACAUACUGUAGGCUACAAGGUUAUUAGACUACAUACUGUAGGUUACAAGGUUAUUAGACUACAUACUGUAGGUUACAAGGUUAUUAGACUACAUACUGUAGGUUACAAGGUUAUUAGACUACAUACUGUAGGUUACAAGGUUAUUAGACUACAUACUGUAGGUUACAAGGUUAUUAGACUACAUACUGUAGGUUACAAGGUUAUUAGACUACAUACUGUAGGCUACAAGGUUAUUAGACUACAUACUGUAGGUUACAAGGUUAUUAGACUACAUACUGUAGAUUACAAGGUUAUUAGACUACAAGGUUAUUAGACUACAUACUGUAGGCUACAAGGUUAUUAGACUACAUACUGUAGGUUACAAGGUUAUUAGACUACAUACUGUAGGUUACAAGGUUAUUAGACUACAUACUGUAGGCUACAAGGUUAUUAGACUAAUCUAGGGCCAUACUUCAUGAGUUGCCUUCGCUAUUUCUUGUUAUCUUUUUAACUUUUACGUUGUUUAUUUAAGGUCUACCAUUUUAAGGUAUUUGUUUUAUCAUACUUUAUAUCAGCAUAACGAUGCACUUUGAGUAGAAAUGAAUUGUUUGUAUCAGGCAGUACAAUCGGCUGCGCAGCUUGCUGAAGGACCCCCGUCAUGACUGUAUCCUGUUUGCCAACGAGUUCCAGGAGUAUUCCUACUGCCCCAGAGAAAAGGGAGAGCCGCAGGACAAAUGGCAGACCAGGUGAGUGGCUUUCAUCCUCCUCCUACACCUCCUCCUCCACCUUCUGCCUCCUCCUCAUCCUCCUCCUCCGCCUUCUGCCUUCUGCCUCCUCCUCCUCCGCCUUCUGCCUCCUCCUCCUCCGCCUUCUUCCUCCUCCUCCUCCUCCUCCUCCUCCUCCUCCUCCUCCAUCUUCUGCCUCCUCCUCCUCCGCCUUCUGCCUCCUCCUCCUCCUCCUCCUCCUUCUCCUCCUCGCCUUAAUCUCCUCCUCCUUGCCCCCUCCUCCUCCUCCUCCUCCUCCUCCUUGCCCCCUCCUCUUCCUCCUCCUCCUCCUUUCCUCCUCCUCCUCUUCCUCCUCGUCCUCCAAGUCAAGUUUGUUGCCAUUUGUAGGUACAUAAUACGUACAUUGGAAUUGUGUGUGUGUGUGUGUGUUUAGGCAUGACUCUGUGUAUCUGUGUGUGUAUGCUGAUGCAGGUGUGUCCUUGUCUCCCCCCUCUAGGUGUGUGUACCAUGCUGCAGUGUGGUACCAUGACCACCUGGCAGGUAUGAAGCCAGUAGUGAUGAUCACUGAAGACCAGACCGCUGUGGCAGAGUACAGCAGCCUCAACUGUGGUGUCUACAUCCUGUCUACACAGGUACACUAUAAUACACACAGCCUCAACUGUGGUGUCUACAUCCUGUCUACACAGGUACACUAUAAUACACACAGCCUCAACUGUGGUGUCUACAUCCUGUCUACACAGGUACACUAUAAUACACACAGCCUUAACUGUGGUGUCUACAUCCUGUCUACACAGGUACACUAUAAUACACACAGCCUCAACUGUGGUGUCUACAUCCUGUCUACACAGGUACACUAUAAUACACAGCAGCCUCAACUGUGGUGUCUACAUCCUGUCUACACAGGUACACUAUAAUACACACAGCCUCAUUAGGUUAAAGGUGCACUCAGCAAUAUGACAUUAUACACAAAGUCCAGACCAUGUUAAAGGUAGAUUCAGCAAUAUGAUCUCUCCAGGUACCCAAUGCCUGUUCUGUCCCAUUGCCCUUUAAUGGUGCUAACAUGACUAAAGAUGAACCCAUAGCAUACUGUAUACUCCUCCAUAGGUGAAUACGUGGCUAGUGAGAACCCUGCCGUAUACUCCUCCAUAGGUGAAUACGUGGCUAGUGAGAACCCUGCCGUAUACUCCUCCAUAGGUGAAUACGUGGCUAGUGAGAACCCUGCCGUAUACUCCUCCAUAGGUGAAUACGUGGCUAGUGAGAACCCUGCCGUAUACUCCUCCAUAGGUGAAUACGUGGCUAGUGAGAACCCUGCCGUAUACUCCUCCAUAGGUGAAUACGUGGCUAGUGAGAACCCUGCCGUAUACUCCUCCAUAGGUGAAUACGUGGCUAGUGAGAACCCUGCCGUAUACUCCUCCAUAGGUGAAUACGUGGCUAGUGAGAACCCUGCCGUAUACUCCUCCAUAGGUGAAUACGUGGCUAGUGAGAACCCUGCCGUAUACUCCUCCUCCAUAGGUGAAUACGUGGCUAGUGAGAACCCUGCCGUAUACUCCCUCCAUAGGUGAAUACGUGGCUAGUGAGAACCCUGCCGUAUACUCCUCCAUAGGUGAAUACGUGGCUAGUGAGAACCCUGCCGUAUACUCCUCCAUAGGUGAAUACGUGGCUAGUGAGAACCCUGCCGUAUACUCCUCCAUAGGUGAAUACGUGGCUAGUGAGAACCUCAGGGAGCAUCAGUCAAAAGGACCCAUACAAGAAGCAGGGUCGGGUUCAGAUCCGUUUUCAUUCAGUUGGUAUAGUGUUUACCAUGUUAUCGGUCCUGUGUGGCUCAGUUGGUAUAGCGUUUACCAUGUUAUCGGUCCUGUGUGGCUCAGUUGGUAUAGUGUUUACCAUGUUAUCGGUCCUGUGUGGCUCAGUUGGUAUAGCGUUUACCAUGUUAUCGGUCCUGUGUGGCUCAGUUGGUAUAGUGUUUACCAUGUUAUCGGUCCUGUGUGACUCAGUUGGUAUAGUGUUUACCAUGUUAUCGGUCCUGUGUGACUCAGUUGGUAUAGCGUUUACCAUGUUAUCGGUCCUGUGUGACUCAGUUGGUAUAGUGUUUUACCAUGUUAUCGGUCCUGUGUGGCUCAGUUGGUAUAGUGUUUACCAUGUUAUCGGUCCUGUGUGGCUCAGUUGGUAUAGUGUUUACCAUGUUAUCGGUCCUGUGUGACUCAGUUGGUAUAGCGUUUACCAUGUUAUCGGUCCUGUGUGGCUCAGUUGGUAUAGUGUUUACCAUGUUAUCGGUCCUGUGUGGCUCAGUUGGUAUAGUGUUUACCAUGUUAUCGGUCCUGUGUGGCUCAGUUGGUAUAGUGUUUACCAUGUUAUCGGUCCUGUGUGGCUCAGUUGGUAUAAGCGUUUACCAUGUUAUCGGUCCUGUGUGGCUCAGUUGGUAUAGUGUUUACCAUGUUAUCGGUCCUGUGUGGCUCAGUUGGUAUAGUGUUUACCAUGUUAUCGGUCCUGUGUGGCUCAGUUGGGAUAGCGUUUACCAUGUUAUCGGUCCUGUGUGGCUCAGUUGGUAUAGUGUUUACCAUGUUAUCGGUCCUGUGUGGCUCAGUUGGUAUAGUGUUUACCAUGUUAUCGGUCCUGUGUGGCUCAGUUGGUAUAGUGUUUACCAUGUUUAUCGGUCCUGUGUGGCUCAGUUGGUAUAGCGUUUACCAUGUUAUCGGUCCUGUGUGACUCAGUUGGUAUAGUGUUUACCAUGUUAUCGGUCCUGUGUGCUCAGUUGGUAUAGUGUUUACCAUGUUAUCGGUCCUGUGGGCUCAGUUGGUAUACGUGUUUACUGUGAUCGGUCCCUGUGUGGCUCAGUUGGUAUAGUGUUUACCAUGUUAUCGGUCCUGUGUGACUCAGUUGGUAUAGUUGUUUACCAUGUUAUCGGUCCUGUGUGACUCAGUUGGUAUAGCGUUUACCAUGUUAUCGGUCCUGUGUGGCUCAGUUGGUAUAGUGUUUACCAUGUUAUCGGUCCUGUGUGGCUCAGUUGGUAUAGUGUUUACCAUGUUAUCGGUCCUGUGUGGCUCAGUUGGUAUAGUGUUUACCAUGUUAUCGGUCUGUGUGACUCAGUUUGGUAUAGCGUUUACCAUGUUAUCGGUCCUGUGUGGCUCAGUUGGUAUAGUGUUUACCAUGUUAUCGGUCCUGUGUGGCUCAGUUGGUAUAGUGUUUACCAUGUUAUCGGUCCUGUGUGGCUCAGUUGGUAUAGCGUUUACCAUGUUAUCGGUCCUGUGUGGCUCAGUUGGUAUAGCGUUUACCAUGUUAUCGGUCCUGUGUGGCUCAGUUGGUAUAGUGUUUACCAUGUUAUCGGUCCCUGUGUGGCUCAGUUGGUAUAGUGUUUACCAUGUUAUCGGUCCUGUGUGGCUUCAGUUGGUAUAGUGUUUACCAUGUUAUCGGUCCUGUGUGACUCAGUUGGUAUAGUGUUGACCAUGUUAUCGGUCCUGUGUGACUCAGUUGUAUAGUGUUUACCAUGUUAUCGGUCCUGUGUGGCUCAGUUGGUAUAGCGUUUACCAUGUUAUCGGUCCUGUGUGGCUCAGUUGGUAUAGUGUUUACCAUGUUAUCGGUCCUGUGUGGCUCAGUUGGUAUAGUGUUUACCAUGUUAUCGGUCCUGUGUGGCUCAGUUGGUAUAGUGUUUACCAUGUUAUCGGUCCUGUGUGGCUCAGUUGGUAUAGUGUUUACCAUGUUAUCGGUCCUGUGUGGCUCAGUUGGUAUAGCGUUUACCAUGUUAUCGGUCCUGUGUGGCUCAGUUGGUAUAGUGUUUACCAUGUUAUCGGUCCUGUGUGGCUCAGUUGGUAUAGUGUUUACCAUGUUAUCGGUCCUGUGUGGCUCAGUUGGUAUAGUGUUUACCAUGUUAUCGGUCCUGUGUGGCUCAGUUGGUAUAGUGUUUACCAUGUUAUCGGUCCUGUGUGACUCAGUUGGUAUAGUGUUUACCAUGUUAUCGGUCCUGUGUGGCUCAGUUGGUAUAGCGUUUACCAUGUUAUCGGUCCUGUGUGACUCAGUUGGUAUAGUGUUUACCAUGUUAUCGGUCCUGUGUGACUCAGUUGGUAUAGUGUUUACCAUGUUAUCGGUCCUGUGUGGCUCAGUUGGUAUAGCGUUUACCAUGUUAUCGGUCCUGUGUGGCUCAGUUGGUAUAGUGUUUUACCAUGUUAUCGGUCCUGUGUGGCUCAGUUGGUAUAGUGUUUACCAUGUUAUCGGUCCUGUGUGACUCAGUUGGUAUAGUGUUUACCAUGUUAUCGGUCCUGUGUGGAUCAGUUUGGUAUAGUGUUUACCAUGUUAUCGGUCCUGUGUGACUCAGUUGGUAUAGUGUUUACCAUGUUAUCGGUCCUGUGUGACUCAGUUGGUAUAGUGUUUACCAUGUUAUCGGUCCUGUGUGGCUCAGUUGGUAUAGUGUUUACCAUGUUAUCGGUCCUGUGUGGCUCAGUUGGUAUAGUGUUUACCAUGUUAUCGGUCCUGUGUGGCUCAAUUGGUAUAGUGUUUACCAUGUUAUCGGUCCUGUGUGGCUCAGUUGGUAUAGUGUUGACCAUGUUAUCGGUCCUGUGUGGCUCAGUUGGUAUAGCGUUUACCAUGUUAUCAGUCCUGUGUGGCUCAGUUGGUAUAGCGUUUACCAUGUUAUCGGUCCUGUGUGGCUCAGUUGGUAUAGCGUUUACCAUGUUAUCGGUCCUGUGUGGCUCAGUUGGUAUAGCGUUUACCAUGUUAUCGGUCCUGUGUGGCUCAGUUGGUAUAGUGUUUACCAUGUUAUCGGUCCUGUGUGACUCAGUUGGUAUAGUGUUUACCAUGUUAUCGGUCCUGUGUGACUCAGUUGGUAUAGCGUUUACCAUGUUAUCGGUCCUGUGUGGCUCAGUUGGUAUAGUGUUUACCAUGUUAUCGGUCCUGUGUGACUCAGUUGGUAUAGUGUUUACCAUGUUAUCGGUCCUGUGUGGCUCAGUUGGUAUAGUGUUUACCAUGUUAUCGGUCCUGUGUGGCUCAGUUGGUAUAGCGUUUACCAUGUUAUCGGUCCUGUGUGGCUCAGUUGGUAUAGCGUUUACCAUGUUAUCGGUCCUGUGUGGCUCAGUUGGUAUAGUGUUUACCAUGUUAUCGGUCCUGUGUGACUCAGUUGGUAUAGUGUUUACCAUGUUAUCGGUCCUGUGUGACUCAGUUGGUAUAGUGUUUACCAUGUUAUCGGUCCUGUGUGGCUCAGUUGGUAUAGCGUUUACCAUGUUAUCGGUCCUGUGUGGCUCAGUUGGUAUAGUGUUUACCAUGUUAUCGGUCCUGUGUGACUCAGUUGGUAUAGUGUUUACCAUGUUAUCAGUCCUGUGUGACUCAGUUGGUAUAGUGUUUACCAUGUUAUCGGUCCUGUGUGGCUCAGUUGGUAUAGCGUUUACCAUGUUAUCGGUCCUGUGUGGCUCAGUUGGUAUAGCGUUUACCAUGUUAUCGGUCCUGUGUGGCUCAGUUGGUAUAUUGUUUACCAUGUUAUCGGUCCUGUGUGACUCAGUUGGUAUAGUGUUUACCAUGUUAUCGGUCCUGUGUGACUCAGUUGGUAUAGUGUUUACCAUGUUAUCGGUCCUGUGUGGCUCAGUUGGUAUAGUGUUUACCAUGUUAUCGGUCCUGUGUGGCUCAGUUGGUAUAGUGUUUACCAUGUUAUCGGUCCUGUGUGGCUCAGUUGGUAUAGUGUUUACCAUGUUAUCGGUCCUGUGUGGCUCAGUUGGUAUAGUGUUUACCAUGUUAUCGGUCCUGUGUGGCUCAGUUGGUAUAGUGUUUACCAUGUUAUCGGUCCUGUGUGGCUCAGUUGGUAUAGCGUUUACCAUGUUAUCGGUCCUGUGUGACUCAGUUGGUAUAGCGUUUACCAUGUUAUCGGUCCUGUGUGGCUCAGUUGGUAUAGUGUUUACCAUGUUAUCGGUCCUGUGUGGCUCAGUUGGUAUAGUGUUUACCAUGUUAUCGGUCCUGUGUGGCUCAGUUGGUAUAGCGUUUACCAUGUUAUCGGUCCUGUGUGGCUCAGUUGGUAUAGCGUUUACCAUGUUAUCGGUCCUGUGUGGCUCAGUUGGUAUAGUGUUUACCAUGUUAUCGGUCCUGUGUGGCUCAGUUGGUAUAGUGUUUACCAUGUUAUCGGUCCUGUGUGGCUCAGUUGGUAUAGUGUUUACCAUGUUAUCGGUCCUGUGUGACUCAGUUGGUAUAGCGUUUACCAUGUUAUCGGUCCUGUGUGGCUCAGUUGGUAUAGUGUUUACCAUGUUAUCGGUCCUGUGUGGCUCAGUUGGUAUAGUGUUUACCAUGUUAUCGGUCCUGUGUGGCUCAGUUGGUAUAGCGUUUACCAUGUUAUCGGUCCUGUGUAGCUCAGUUGGUAUAGUGUUUACCAUGUUAUCGGUCCUGUGUGGCUCAGUUGGUAAGAGUGUAGUCUUUAGGUAUACAACUCCAAGGUUGUGAGUUCAAUUCCUUCAGGGAGCACAUAGCCUACACAUACUAAACAUAGGAGAAAAGCAUAUCCUAAGUGGCUUAUAUUAUCAGUCAGUGUAUCAUUACCUUGUGCAUGUCUCUUGGUCUUCAGGAGCACAGAACUAGAAUGAGUAGAACGGGGCCUGCCCAUUCAAGUCAAUGAUGGCAUAAUGACAUUCUAUUUCUAUGUUCAGGAGUACCUGCAGACGUUCUGGCCGGAGCUGCAGGCUGCCCAGGAGCUGUACUGCUCCAUCGCUCAGUCCCUGCGGGAGAGAGGGAGCGAGGGGACGGAGAGAGAGUACACUGAACACCUGCCUGCCGAGGUCCUGGAGGCUGGCAUUAAGUCUGGCCGAUACAUACAGGCAUGUGUGUGUUUGAACAGCGGUGUGUGACAGUUGACACUAUGUAUGUGUGUGUGUUUUUGUGCGUGUUUUAUGUGCGGAUGUGGGUGUUUACAAGUAUGUGUGUGUGUUUGUGGCGGAAGCGCAGUGGCCACCGACCUGAUCAGUUUAACAUGUCUCCUCAGUGGAGCAUAUAAAGGAAUGAAGAGCAGACUGUUGGACAUGUGGAGCUUUACUUCAAACUACACUCAGAUGUGAAGGUCCUCCUCUUUACUUCAAACUACACUCAGAUGUGAAGGUCCUCCUUUUUUACUUAAAACUACACUCAGAUGUGAAGGUCCUCAUGUUUACUUCAAACUACACUCAGAUGUGAAGGUCCUCCUCUUUACUUCAAACUACACUCAGAUGUGAAGGUCCUCCUCUUUACUUCAAACUACACUCAGAUGUGAAAGUCCUCCUCUUUACUUCAAACUACACUCAGAUGUGAAGGUCCUCCUCUUUACUUCAAACUACACUCAGAUGUGAAGGUCCUCCUCUUUACUUCAAACUACACUCAGAUGUGAAGGUCCUCUUUACUUCAAACUACACUCAGAUGUGAAGGUCCUCAUGUUUACUUCAAACUACACUCAGAUGUGAAGGUCCUCCUUUUUACUUCAAACUACACUCAGAUGUGAAGGUCCUCCUCUUUACUUCAAACUACACUCAGAUGUGAAGGUCCUCCUCUUUACUUAAAACUACACUCAGAUGUGAAGGUCCUCCUCUUUACUUCAAACUACACUCAGAUGUGAAGGUCCUCCUCGACAGCCAUUUUGUGGCCUACAAACACAACAACCCUGGAGAAAAGGUCCUCCUCGACAGCCAUUUUGUGGCCUACAAACACAACAACCCUGGAGAAAAGGUCCUCCUCGACAGCCAUUUUGUGGCCUACAAACACAACAACCCUGGAGAAAAGCGAACACCAAAAACACCAAAAGCCAAAAAUACACAUUUCUGUGAUCUGAAAAUGUCCCUCCAAUUUUUACAUUUACGUCAUUUAGCAGACGCUCUUAUCCAGAACGACUUACAAAUUGGUGCAUUCACCUUAUAGCCAGUGGGAUAACCACUUUACAAUAUGUUUUUAUUUUUUUAUUUUUUUUCUUUGGUGUGGGGGUAGAAUGAUUACUUUAUCCUAUCCCAGGUAUUCCUUAAAGAGGUGGGGUUUCAAGUGUCUCCGGAAGGUGGUGAGUGACUCCACUGUCCUGGCGUCGUGAGGGAGCUUGUUCCACCAUUGGGGUGCCAGAGCAGCGAACAGUUUUGACUGGGCUGAGCGGGAACUGUGCUUCCGCAGAGGUAGGGGGGCCAGCAGGCCAGAGGUGGAUGAACGCAAUGCCCUCGUUUGGUUGUAGGGACUGAUGAGAGCCUGAAGGUACGGAGGUGCCGUUCCCCUCACAGCUCCGUAGGCAAGCACCAUGGUCUUGUAGCAGAUGCGAGCUUCAACUGGAAGCCAGUGGAGUGUGCGGAGGAGCGUGGUGACGUGAGAGAACUUGGGAAGGUUGAACACCAGACGGGCUGCGGCAUUCUGGAUGAGUUGUAGGGGUUUAAUGGCACAGGCAGGGAGCCCAGCCAACAGCGAGUUGCAGUAAUCCAGACGGGAGAUGACAAGUGCCUGGAUUAGGACCUGUGCCGCUUCCUGUGUAAGGCAGGGUCGUACUCUCCGAAUGUUGUAGAGCAUGAACCUACAGGAUCGGGUCACCGCCUUGAUGUUAGCGGAGAACGACAGGGUGUUGUCCAGGGUCACGCCAAGGUUCUUCGCACUCUGGGAGGAGGACACAACGGAGUUGUCAACCGUGAUGGCGAGAUCAUGGAACGGGCAGUCCUUCCCCGGGAGGAAGAGCAACUCCGUCUUGCCGAGGUUCAGCUGAGGUGGUGAUCCGUCAUCCACACUGAUAUGUCUGCCAGACAUGCAGAGAUGCGAUUCGCCACCUGGUUAUCAGAAGGGGGAAAGGAGAAUAAUUAUUGUGUCGUCUGCGUAGCAAUGAUAGGAGAGGCCAUGUGAGGAUAUGACAGAGCCAAGUGACUUGGUGUAUGGCGAGAAUAGGAGAGGGCCUAUAACUGAGCCCUGGGGGACACCAGUGGUGAGAGCACGUGGUGCGGAGAGAGAUUCUCGCCACGCCACUUGGUAGGAGCGACCGGUCAGGUAGGACGCAAUCCAAGAGUGAGCCGCGCCGGAGAUGCCCAGCUCGGAGAGGGUGGAGAGGAGGAUCUGAUGGUUCACAGUAUCAAAGGCAGCAGACAGGUCUAGAAGGACAAGAGCAGAGGAGAGAGAGUUAGCUUUAGCAGUGCGGAGAGCCUCCGUGACACAGAGAAGAGCAGUCUCAGUUGAAUGACCAGUCUUGAAACCUGACUGGUUUGGAUCAAGAAGGUAAUUCUGAGAGCGAUAGCAAGAGAGUUGGCUAAAGACGGCACGCUCAAGAGUUUUGGAGAGAAAAGAAAGAAGGGAUACUGGUCUGUAGUUGUUGACAUCGGAGGGAUCGAGUGUAGGUUUUUUGAGAAGGGGUGCAACUCUCGCUCUCUUGAAGACGGAAGGGACAUAGCCAGCGGUCAAGGAUGAGUUGAUGAGCGAUGUGAGGUAAGGGAGAAGGUCACCGUGGGCUGGGUCCAAUGUGGGCUGGGUGGUAACCUAACGGUUAAGCGGUUAGGCCAGUAACUGAAAGGUUGCUGGUUUGAAUCGUAGAGCUGACUAGGUUAAAUCUGUCGAUGUGCCCUUGAGCAAGGCACUUAACCCAUAUCGCUGCUGUAAGUCACUCUGGAUAUGUGCGUCUGCUAAAUGACUUUAAAAAAAGACAAUCGACAGUAAAGUGUUUUCUUCUUCUUCUGUCUCUCUGUCCUUCUAUUCCAGGGCACUAAGUCUUCUGUCUCUCUGUCCUUCCAUUCCAGGGCACUAAGUCUUCUGUCUCUCUGUCCUUCCAUUCCAGGGCACUAAGUCUUCUGUCUCUCUGUCCUUCCAUUCCAGGGCACUAAGUCUUCUGUCUCUCUGUCCUUCCAUUCCAGGGCACUAAGUAUUCUGUCUCUCUGUCCUUCCAUUCCAGGGCACUAAGUAUUCUGUCUCUCUGUCCUUCCAUUCCAGGGCACUAAGUCUUCUGUCUCUCUGUCCUUCCAUUCCAGGGCACUAAGUAUUCUGUCUCUCUGUCCUUCUAUUCCAGGGCACUAAGUCUUCUGUCUCUCUGUCCUUCCAUUCCAGGGCACUAAGUCUUCUGUCUCUCUGUCCUUCCAUUCCAGGGCACUAAGUCUUCUGUCUCUCUGUCCCUCCCUUCCUUUACAGGGCACUAAGUCUUCUGCCUCUCUGUCCUUCCAUUCCAGGCCACUAAGUCUUCUGUCUCUCUGUCCUUCCAUUCCAGGGCACUAAGUCUUCUGUCUCUCUGUCCUUCCAUUCCAGGGCACUAAGUCUUCUGUCUCUCUGUCCUUCCAUUCCAGGGCACUAAGUCUUCUGUCUCUCUGUCCUUCCAUUCCAGGGCACUAAGUCUUCUGUCUCUCUGUCCUUCCAUUCCAGGGCACUAAGUCUUCUGUCUCUCUGUCCUUCCAUUCCAGGGCACUAAGUCUUCUGUCUCUCUGUCCUUCCAUUCCAGGGCACUAAGUCUUCUGUCUCUCUGUCCUUCCAUUCCAGGGCACUAAGUCUUCUGUCUCUCUGUCCUUCCAUUCCAGGGCACUAAGUCUUCUGUCUCUCUGUCCUUCCAUUCCAGGGCACUAAGUCUUCUGUCUCUCUGUCCUUCCAUUCCAGGGCACUAAGUCUUCUGUCUCUCUGUCCUUCCAUUCCAGGGCACUAAGUCUUCUGUCUCUCUGUCCUUCCAUUCCAGGGCACUAAGUCUUCUGUCUCUCUGUCCUUCCAUUCCAGGGCACUAAGUCUUCUGUCUCUCUGUCCUUCCAUUCCAGGGCACUCUGAAUGUGAACAAGCACAGGGCCCAGCAUGAAGCCUUCGUCCGCUUUGAGGGCUCUUCCAACAAGAACUCAGGUGUGUUCCACAGCAAGACCUACUUUCUAAAAAAGUCCAUGAUUACAGAUAAUCCUACAUGAGUAAGGAUGAGUGAGAAAGUUACAGACGCACAAAGUUACCCCCCCCCCCCCCCCCAAAAAAAAAAUGCUAAUAUCCCGUUAUUGUAAUAGUGAAAGAUUAGCAUUUCUUUCUUGGGGGUAUGAUAUUUGUGCGUCUGUAACUUUCUCACUCAUCAUUAUUCACAAUUCAUUCAGGAUUAUCCGCAAUCAUGGUAGGAUCCACAUUAAUGUAGAAGUGUUUAGAAACAUAUUCUAUUCAUAUUGACAGUAAAAGUGACUCCAAAAUGACACAGUACAUUAUUUACCAUUCAUUCCUAUUGGGCACAAAAUAAUCUGAAACACAACCAAAACAAACAGCAAAUGCAUCCAACAAGAUUGUAGAGUCACAAGCUUGAUGUAGUCAUUGAGUGCUAAGAAUAUGGGACCAAAUACUGAACAUCUGACUACUUUAAUACACAUAAGUGCAUUUGUCCCAAUACUUUUGGUGGACUGUGUACAAAAAUAUAUGGAUGAAAAUCCCCUCAAAUUAAAGCUGCCAGUCUGCACGUUAACCUCAUAAUCAUUGUAUAAUUUCAAAUCCAAAGUGCUGGAGUACAGAGCCAAAACAACCAAACAUGUGUCACUGUCCCAAUACUGUUGGAGCACACUGUAUAUCCUCUCCCAGAGCUGAACAGUGAUGUGCUGGUGUGUGGGGGGAAGAAUCGUAACCGGGCGGUGCAUGGCGAUAUGGUUGCCGUGGAGCUGUUGCCGAAGGGGGAGUGGAGAGGGAGAACCACGGCCCUGACGGAGGGACAGGGGGAGGAGAAGGGAGACGAGACGCAGAGCCAACCCAUGUUCACAGGUACACACACACUACUGACCUACUGUCUGAAUUCCUGUCUCAAUUACUCACCUCUGCCUUUCCUAGACUGAAUGGAUGAGAUACUAGACAGUACAUACAGAAUAAAGACUAGGAUAACAUAAAUGUAACAUGUAUCAUUUACUCCCCCUCUCUCUCUCUCUCUCUCUCUCUCUCUCUCUCUCUCUCUCUCUCUCUCUCUCUCUCUCUCUCUCUCUCUCUCUCUCUCUCUCUCUCUUUCUCCCUCCUUAUCCCUCUUCUCCCUACUUCUCCCUCUCUCUCUUCUCCCUCUAUCAACUUCCUUCCCUCCCUUCCUCCUUACCUCUCUCACCCCCUCCCUCCAGGUCGUGUGGUGGGGAUCCUUCAGAGGAACUGGAGGGACUAUGUCGUGACCUUUCCCCCCAAGGAGGAGACCCAAUCACAGAGCAGGAACUCCCAGCGUAUCCUGGCCACGCCCUGGGACCAACGCAUCCCCAAGAUCCGCAUCAGCACUCAACAGGCUGACAAACUGCAGGUCAGAUCAGUGUUUGGACAUGGAGAGAGAGCUUAAACAUCAGCAUGAGCACACUUAAUUAAACUAACCAAGGACUUGAUGAUUAGUAGAGUAAUUGAAUCAGGAAGCACACUUCAUUAAACUAACCAAGGACUUGAUGAUUAGUAGAGUAAUUGAAUCAGGAAGCACACUUCAUUAAACUAACCAAGGACUUGAUGAUUAGUAGAGUAAUUUAAUCAGGAAGCACACUUCAUUAAACUAACCAAGGACUUGAUGAUUAGUAGAGUAAUUGAAUCAGGAAGCACACUUCAUUAAACUAACCAAGGACUUGAUGAUUAGUAGAGUAAUUGAAUCAGGAAGCACACUUCAUUAAACUAACCAAGGACUUGAUGAUUAGUAGAGUCGUUGAAUCAUGUCAGCUUGCUUUAAGUCUCUGACUGUGAAAAGGACAUAGUCCUUGUGACUAUCGUCCAUGAACCCUGUCACCUCCCCCCGUCUCUCCAGGAUCACCGUGUGAUAGUGCGUCUGGACUCGUGGGACAGCACCUCCCUCUACCCGAACGGACACAGUGUCAGGGUGCUGGGCCGGGCUGGGGAGCUGGAGACUGAGGUCCAAACCAUCCUCAUAGAGAACUGUAUCCACGUACCUCCUUUCUCUGAGGCGCAGGUAGGUUCUAGUAUAAUCCACCAUCCUCAUAGAGAACUGUAUCCAGGUAGGUUAUAGUAUAAUCCACCAUCCUCAUAGAGAACUGUAUCCAGGUAGGUUAUAGUAUAAUCCACCAUCCUCAUAGAGAACUGUAUCCAGGUAGGUUAUAGUAUAAUCCACCAUCCUCAUAGAGAACUGUAUCCAGGUAGGUUAUAGUCAAGUCAGCCUUUGCACUAAGAUGUAAAUAGUUGUGCUUACCUCCAUAAACGUCUCCUGCUGGGAGACCCUGUCGAUGCAGUGGAGUACUUCUGCAGAAAUGUGGCUUUUUAUUUUAUUUUUAUACAUAGUUAUUGGUGUGUGUGUGUGUCUGCAUGUCUCUGUAUGUGGACGUAUGCGUCACUGCACAUCUGUUUGUGUGUAUCUAGCUUGGCGAGAUGCCAGUGUCCUCCCCUGAGAGCCCCUGGUCAGUGGACCCUGCUGAGGUGAUUACCAGACGGGACCUGAGACGAACCCACCUGGUUUUCAGCAUCGACCCUCGGGGCUGUGAGGAUGUAGACGACACCCUGUCCGUACGCAGCCUCCCCCCCGCCCCGGGGGGGGGUCAGAGGUUAGAGCUGGGCGUCCACAUCGCUGACGUCACACACUUUGUUAAAGAGGGGUCGCUGACGGACCUGGAGGCCCGCGCUAGGUGAGAGGGAGAGGGAGGGAGUGAAUGCGUUUCCGUGUACGUGAGGCAUGUGCCAGGGCCUCCCGUAAAGUUACCCUGGAAUACCCACUUUCCCUAAGUCAACUGCUAUUCCAUCUCCCUCCAGCAGUCUGACAGUCAGGAUGGUCAGACGUUGUGAGGUUAGUCGCCCCCUGCUGGUGACUGGGCCAGCUCCAGUAACUCUUUCUCCGAUCAUGUUCUCAGGGCCACCACCUACUACCUGGCCGACCGGAGGUAUGACAUGCUGCCUGCCGUCCUCAGUGCUGACCUCUGCUCUCUGCUGGGAGGGGUGGACAGGUGAGAGCUCAACACUACAUCACACUGACCUCUGACCUCUGCUGGGAGGGGUGGACAGGUGAGAGCUCAACACUACAUCACACUGACCUCUGACCUCUGCUGGGAGGGGUGGACAGGUGAGAGAUCAACACUACAACACUACAUCACACUGACCUCUGACCUCUGCUGGGAGGGGUGGACAGGUGAGAGCUCAACACUACAACACUACAUCACACUGACCUCUGCUCUCUGCUGGGAGGGGUGGACAGGUGAGAGCUCAACACUACAACACUACAUCACACUGACCUCUGACCUCUGCUGGGAGGGGUGGACAGGUGAGAGCUCAACACUACAACACUACAUCACACUGACCUCUGACCUCUGACCUCUGCUCUGUAAACCUCAGUGAAGUUUAUCAGGAUUAUUAAUUCACUCAUAGGUCACUCUUGUAACGUUGGUCGGAACUCUCCGGUAGACUGAUGCUGUAUGUCCUCGCCUCAUUAAUAGCUCACUGUGUGUCCGUCUGCGCGUGUCCGUGUGUCCAGGUAUGCCGUGAGCGUAAUGUGGGACUUGGAUGCCCAGACUCUGGCGGUGAACAAGGUGUGGUACGGUCGCACACUAAUCCGCUCCUCCUACCAGCUUUACUAUGAACUGGCCCAGGCUCUGCUCAAUGGAGAGGAGGCUGAGGUCCCAGAACUAGGUACCGAUCAUGUUUUAAUACUGUUAGAUGUGUCCCAAACGGCACCCUAUUUCCUUCAUAGUGCACUACUCUUCUCCAGGCUGUCCAAAAGUAGUGUACUAUAGAGGGAAUAGCAUUCCAUUUUGAAUACAUAUGUUUUUUUUAUUCUGGUUUCAUUCAUCUUAUUGUGAAGCCAAGGUGAUUUCUACAUGAUGUAGUCAAUAAAGUUAUUUUCUUAUUGUUAUUUUCUUAUUCUAUAAAUAUAAUAAUAUUAUUAUUAUUAUUAUUAUUAUUAUUAUUAUUAUUGUUAUUAUUAUUAUAUAGCCCAGCUACCCCCUGGGGAGAGGGAUGCCAAGCUGGCCCAGCUCACCCAGGCCCUGGAGAUCCUCACCCACGUCGCCAGGUGGGUACUAGUUUUUCUAGUGUACUAGUGGUUUCUGUUUAAUCAUUGUUAAAGAAUGAUUAGAUAACACAUACCUAAAUGCACCAUAUAUCUGUCCACCAGACGCCUGCGCGGACAGAGGGACAGGGGGGGAGCGUUGGAGCUGGAGGGGGUAGAGGUGAGGGCGCAGCUGGAUGAGGACAAGAACAUCACAGCCCUGGUGCCCAGACAGCCGCUGGAGGUCCAUGAGACGGUGGGUAACAAAACAUUGGAUCAACAGAGGUUUUCAUUCAUAUUUCUGUUCGCUGUUUUCUUGUGACAAAAAGGUUGAGAGAAAAAAUUACAUUGAAAAAAACAACAACAUACAUACAAUUAUGAUUUAGACUGUUGUAAUGUUUGACUGUUAUAAUGUUUGACUGUUGUAAUUGACUAUUUUAAGAAGUAGAAACCACAGGAGCUAGCCAAUACACAAACUAGCUAACGAGAUUGAGAUGGGUGGGUUUCCAGGUGGCAGAGUGUAUGAUCUAUGCCAACCACUGGGUGGCCCGUAAGAUCCAGGAGAGUUUCCCCCAGCAGGCCUUGCUGCGCCACCACCCGCCCCCACGCCAGGAGUUCUUCAACCAGCUACAGGACAGUGCCCGGGCACGCGGAUUCACCAUAGACACCAGGUAUACUGUUACUAUGUGUCACUAACUAACCAGCCAUUUAACUAUACAUACACACCAGGUACAGGUUAUAAGCUGUGUUAAUAACACUUCUAUGAACUAUGUUAUAAGCCGUUGAACUAUCGAUAUGCAUGGAUUUAUUUUCCUCUUUGAACAGUGACACAUGACAUGGAACAGUCCAGACAUGUAUCAUAUUAAAUAUGUGAAAUUAUUGACUUGCACUUUAUGUCGUUUUGUCUUGUGCAAUGGAACGAAUGGAAUACUCCCAAAAGUGCAAACUCCCAAGUAUUUGACAAAUGGGUUUGAUCCUGUGUCUACACACCAGUCAACCAAAAUAACAACUAAUUCAAACGUACAGGCUAGAUCAAAUUACAAAUAGCAGUAAAGUUCAACCCAUAACCUUGACUCCCUGUCCCAGGUCAAACAAGGCCCUGGCUGACUCUCUGGACCGGGCCGUGGACCCCCGGGACCCUCUGGUGAACCGGUUGCUGAGGGUGAUGGCUACCAUGGCCAUGUCUAACGCUCUCUACUUCUCUACCGGAGCCUGCCCUGUCGACCAGUACUAUCACUAUGGUAACUAAUGUCCUCAGGACCAGUACUGUCACUAUGGUAACUAAUGUCCUCAGGACCAGUACUAUCACUAUGGUAACUAAUGUCCUCAGGACCAGUACUGUCACUAUGGUAACUAAUGUCCUCAGGACCAGUACUGUCACUAUGGUAACUAAUGUCCUCAGGACCAGUACUAUCACUAUGGUAACUAAUGUCCUCAGGACCAGUACUAUCACUAUGGUAACUAAUGUCCUCAGGACCAGUACUAUCACUAUGGUAACUAAUGUCCUCAGGACCAGUACUGUCACUAUGGUAACUAAUGUCCUCAGGACCAGUACUAUCACUAUGGUAACUAUUUUCCUCAGGACCAGUACUAUCACUAUAUCACUAUGGUAACUCAUUUCCUCAGGACCAGUACUAUCACUAUGGUAACUCAUUUCCUCAGGACCAGUACUAUCACUAUGGUAACUAAUGUCCUCAGGACUAUCACUAGCAAUAUGGCAGUGGCUCUACCUUGUCUUUCGAUAGUUUUCACCAUAUUGCAAAUACCUCUCCAGUUCUUUCAGAUCUACUCCCAGGGGGUCAGGUUAUAUCUGGACAGAGAUGAUUUGUUGACCUCUGUGUCCCUUCCUUCAGGUCUGGCUCUGGACCGAUACACCCACUUCACCUCUCCCAUCCGUCGCUAUGCCGACAUGAUUGUCCACCGCCUGCUCACUGCAGCCAUCGCCAUGGAGAAGGGGGCGGGGCCAGCCAAGGUCUUAGCCAGUAACAAAGAGCUGGAGGAGGUGGCUCAGCAAAUCAACAACAAGAACAGGGUCAGUAUCUUAGCAAUACUAAACAUCCACAAUAGCAUUAGAAACCAAAAUAAGAUCCGAUGAUAUAAGAGAAGAUGGUACUGUAUCAUACUUCUGCUAUUUUAUUAAUCUCAAAAUGGGAGACUUGGGGGUGAUGAAGACCUAAGGGUCAAAGUUGUUUCAAUAAAUGACAUGGAAGCAUAGAGCACAGUGUGUGGAGUCUUUUACUUUUUACUGUAGAAAAUCCCCAGUGAGGAUGUUAUCUUCUGACAUUGACCCCUGACCUCUACCCUCUGACCCCCAGGCAGCACAGCACGCCCAGAAGGUGUCCACAGAGCUGUUCCAGUGUCUCUACUUCCCCUGACCUCUACCCUCUGACCCCCAGGCAGCGCAGCACGCCCAGAAGGUGUCCACAGAGCUGUUCCAGUGUCUCUACUUCCCCUGACCUCUACCCUCUGACCCCCAGGCAGCGCAGCACGCCCAGAAGGUGUCCACAGAGCUGUUCCAGUGUCUCUACUUCCUCUGACCCCCAGGCAGCGCAGCACGCCCAGAAGGUGUCCACAGAGCUGUUCCAGUGUCUCUACUUCCCCUAACCUCUACCCUCUGACUCCCAGGCAGCGCAGCAUGCCCAGAAGUUGUCCACAGAGCUGUUCCAGUGUCUCUACUUCCUCUGACCCCCAGGCAGCGCAGCACGCCCAGAAGGUGUCCACAGAGCUGUUCCAGUGUCUCUACUUCCUCUGACCCCCAGGCAGCGCAGCACGCCCAGAAGGUGUCCACAGAGCUGUUCCAGUGUCUCUACUUCCCCUGACCUCUGCCCUCUGACCCCCAGGCAGCGCAGCACGCCCAGAAGUUGUCCACAGAGCUGUUCCAGUGUCUCUACUUCAGAGACAAAGACCCAGAGACAGAUGAGCGCUGUGUGGCCGACGCGGUCAUCUACACCAUCAGAGCCAACGGCAUGCUGGUCUUCAUACCACAGUAAGGUCAUAACAGUAAGGUCAUAACAGGAAGGUCAUAACAGUAGAACUGGUCUUCAUACCACAGUAAGGUCAUAAUAUUGGUGCUGUCUUGCCAACUCAUAUGGUCAUUGCCAACCAGUAAAUGAUCAUAGGAGUUGACAAGACAGCACAAAUAGAUCUGAGACCAGGCUAGCAAAACAGCAUUGAACUGAGCCAAAACAUACAGUAGAAAUCACUAUUACGGCACAGCGAUUUAUGUUGAAAUAUUUAUUGAACAAUAUCCAUAAAACUGGGUGGUUUGAGCCCUGAAUGCUGAUUGGCUGACAGUAUACCACAGGUAUGACAAAACAUGUAUUUUUACUGUACUAAUUAUGUUGGUAACCAGUUUAUAAUAGCAAUAAGGCACCUCGGGGGUUUGUGAUAUAUGACCAAUAUACCACGGCUAAGGGCUGUAUCCAGGUACUCCACGUUGCGUCGUGCUUAAGAACAGCCCUUAGCCGUGGUACAUUGGCCAUAUACCACACCCCCCUCUGGCCUUAUUGCUAUACCAUAACACACUGACCACUGUGUGUGUGUUCCCAGGUAUGGCCUGAAGGGGGCAGUGUACCUGAAGAACAGAGAGGGCCAGGUGGUGAGUGAGAGACAGGAUGGAGGAUGUGACUGGCAGACUGGUUCUCUACAGAGAUACCUGGACCACAUCAGUACCACUACUGCUGCUGGCACCUCCACCUUCAACUUGUUCCAACACAUCACUGUGAGUUGCACUCAAUUACUUUACAAAGUGUCUAAGAUUAGGAGUGCUGUUAUAGGAUCCGUUUUGCCUCCUAAAUCAUAGUGAAUAAGGGGGAGGGGGGGGGUGGACGGACUACCCUAAGAUGCUUUGGGAAUACGGGCCCUGAGGGCUAUCUUCAUGCAGGGUUUUGUUCCAGCCCUACUCUUAACACAUCUGAUUCGACUAACCAGCUGCUCUUCAGGCUUCAGUACUUUACGGAUGAGCGAAUGAUAGUUCUGUCCCGCCUCUUCCCCUCAGGUGCGUAUCUCAGUACAACCAUCACGUUGUCACUCAAACACACUACGUCUGGAAGUGGUCAGCAACAGGCCCCACCAGGCCCCCGAGACUCAGGCCCAGCCCCCUCAGCCCCAGGGGGCUAGGGGCCGGUCCCAGCUGGUCCAGGAGGUGGUUCGGCAGGCAGAGGAGGCCUCUCAACAGGCGGAGGAGAAGAGGUGCCGGGCCCCCAAACUGUCCAAGGAGGAGAGGGAGUUCAGGCAGAGUAAAAGCCCCAACCUCUACUCUCUCCUGGAGGAGGUCAGGGAGAUGGCCUUGCUGGACCUGGCUGCCUGUGGAGGAGCAGGAGGUGGUGGAGAUCUGGGAGCAGCUGCUCAGGCUUGUGCUACGUCAGCAUAGACGAGGUGGAGAAGUAGGAGGAGGAACAGAUCUGGGAACAGCUGCUCAGCCCUGCGAUACAUCAACAUAGAACAACAUACAACUUUAACACUGAUUCUGGGUCAGAUUAUUGUGGAGGAGGGGAAGCAGGAGGAGGCACAUCCUUAGUCUUAUUUAGAAAAUGAACAGUGGAUUGAAGUUGGGAGAUGAGAUGGAUGCAUGUAUUAUUGUAUACAUGAAUACACACGGAUUCAGGAGCAGCUCUCAACAGGACAGGUACCAUAGAAUCAACACCUGGAACAAGCAGCAGCG